UCUACGUCGAUCUCUCUCUCUCUCACAGCCAUUGGCUUUAACAAACAUGGUACAGACAAAGAAGUUCAGAGGUGUCAGGCAGCGCCACUGGGGCUCUUGGGUCUCUGAGAUCCGCCAUCCAUUGCUGAAAAGAAGGGUGUGGCUUGGGACAUUUGAGACUGCAGAAGAGGCAGCACGAGCCUACGACGAGGCAGCCAUUUUGAUGAGUGGCCCUAAUGCCAAAACAAAUUUCCCAAUCGUCGCAAAUCAACUGAACGUUAAUGACAACUCUACAUCCUCUUCAACUGCACUUUCUGCAAUCCUAAGUGCAAAGCUACGCAAGUGCGGCAAAUCCCCGUCUCCUUCACUCACUUGCCUGAGGCUUGACACACAGAAUUCCCACAUUGGAGUCUGGCAAAAACGUGCAGGGUCUUGUUCUGAUGCGAAUUGGGUGAUGAUGUUUGAGCUUGGAGAUAAAAAUGGACAGGUACUGACCCCCGAGAAAACCAUGCCCGCAGCAAGGACAUCCGAAAUGGAUCAUGAGGAGGAGCCGGAUCAAGGUGGAGAUGGGAUGGAUGAGGAGAAGAGAGUUGCAUUGCAGAUGAUCGAGGAGCUCCUGAACAGAAAUUGACCUACUAAUUCGUAGUACUAAUGUCAACUUCACAUGGGCUGACCAAAGCACGAUGUUGCUUCCAUGUGCUCGGGUCAUUGUCGCCAUUGCUGUUUGUGUAAUUCCUUUGUUCAAACUAGAGGUUUGUUGAAUUGAGCCCACCAAUUAAGAGGGUAUAUAUAUAUGUCUAUCUUCCCACAUAUGUUGUACUGGGGUUUUAUUCAGCAAUAAAUUUAACAUGAAGUGGGUGAUGAAAAUAAAUUGUUUUUUUCCCUUCA